AUAUUUUCAAGCCGGAGAGCACCGCGCUGCUCCGUUUGCUUGCCAAGUGAAAGCGGACAAUUAUAUCCUUCCAGAGGAUAGACAAGCUAAAAAUCGACUUUUUCGAAUUGGAACUUCUUUAAGUUAAGCGUUUGGGCUUUGAACUUUGCCGCUAUGAACAUCUUCCGCCUGACAGGAGACCUUUCUCACUUGGGAGCCAUCAUCAUCCUGCUACUGAAGAUAUGGAAAAGCAGGUCGUGUGCAGGUAUCUCUGGAAAGAGUCAAAUCCUCUUUGCCAUUGUGUUCACCACGCGCUAUCUGGACCUGCUCACUUCCUUCAUCUCGCUCUACAACACGUGUAUGAAGGUGAUUUACAUCGGCUGUGCGUACGCCACUGUCUACCUGAUCUACGUCAAGUUCCGGGCCACCUAUGACGGCAAUCACGACAGCUUUAGAGUGGAGUUCCUGGUGGUCCCUGUCGGGGGACUGGCUGUGCUCAUCAACCACGAUUUUUCCCCGCUUGAGAUCCUUUGGACGUUCUCAAUUUACCUGGAGUCAGUGGCCAUCCUUCCGCAGCUCUUCAUGAUCAGCAAGACAGGCGAGGCGGAGACCAUCACCACCCACUACCUGUUCUGUUUGGGCCUGUACCGAGCCCUCUACCUCUUCAACUGGAUUUGGCGCUUCUAUUUCGAGGGCUUCUUCGACAUGAUCGCCAUUGUCGCUGGCGUGGUUCAGACCGUCCUCUACUGCGACUUUUUCUACCUUUACGUCACCAAAGUGUUGAAAGGCAAGAAGCUGAGCCUGCCGGCGUAAGGCCGACGUCUGGUCCGAGGCAGCGGACUCUCAAUGCCAGCUCCGAGUCAACAUCGCGGAAUUCGAUCGCCUCCCGGCGAGCCGACAUUCAUGACAACAAACAAACAAAAAAAACAGAAUCCUCAUGAUUGAUGAUUUUUGGACAGAUGGUAGACAGCGGCACACGUCAGAGCUGAACAAAUAUCAUGACGAGGUCAACCAUCAGAUUUGUGUGUUCAGCGUUGCCUUAAAACUUCUUUUUCAUUGCUGUUUCAAUAGGAGAAAAGGCUUCCCCUCCCCCCACACAUGAGGUGCAAACACUUUUUAUUAUUUUGCCAUGUUCUUUUUUUUACAAAGUCACAAAUAGGGCGACUCUCGGUAAAGAAAUGCACAAAUGUACAGUCUUAUUAUAAAAAAAAAAAGUAUCUUAGUGCCUCAUGAUAGCCAUGUCCGAUUUUUCACAGUACCCCCCCCUCAUUUUUUGUAUGCAUAAUCUCUGAUAACCAUUUUUAAGA